CUCCUCCUCGACCAAAUUCAAACCCCAAUGCGACCACCAGCUUCGGGAGCGAGCACGCGUCCGUCAAGGUGGACGUCGUGGACGCGAAGACCGCCGUCGUGCGCGUCGUCGCGCCCGACAGACCCGGCUUGUGCGCCGACGUCGUCGCGGCGCUCACCGACGCCAAAUUUCUCGUCGCCGCCGCGGAGGUCAAAACCGCCGACGAGUCGGCCGACGACAAGUUCACGAUCAAGCUCAGCGACGACUUCGGGCACGACUUCGCGGACGACGUGUGCUUCGUCGACGGCGACGGCGGCGUCUGCGGUACGAUGAUCGAGAAGGUCGAGCGUCUGGUGAUGGAGGCGGCGAUCGAGCAGUGGUCGUAUUCGACGCCGAAGGAGGCUUCCUACGUCAACUCGAAAGACCGCGUCGUGGAGCCCUCCGUGUGCGUGACCGUCGUGGACAGCUCGCUGACCAAGUCCGGGAAGUGCGCGGUCGUCGCGCUGAGAUGCACGGAUCGAAAGGGGCUGCUGGUUUCGAUCUUGAAAGCGUUGAACGCGUUGGACGCGCACGUCGUGAGCGCUUCGGUGGAGACGACGGGGGAGGGCGUCGCGGAGAAUCGGUUCGUGGUGACGCUGCCGGAGGGGCUCGGCGGCGGCGGCGUUCAAGCCGCGGUGAUGAAGGUGUUGACCGGGACGUCGUGAGUUUGAACGCGAAUUUGAACGCGAACGUGAACGUGACGGAACGGUGGCGCGCGAUCAUUGAACGAGUCUGUAAAAUAUCCACGACGAGCGGCGAAUGAUUGAUUAUUACGGCGAAUGAUUGAU